AUGGCAGUCGAGAAUUCUCCAGCCGCAGAUCAAGAAGAACUUCCACUCAUGACGACUACGACAGCCCCGACCGAAGUGGCAGUAAUAACCAUCAGCACUACCGAGCGCAAGGAUGUUCAGGAGGAAUUCGGACUUCUCGAACUGUACGACAAAAUGACAUUCACGCAGAAGAUCGUUAUCGGCCUGUUGUGCAGUGUCGUGGCCCUCGAAGGAAUCUACUUGUUCGCGCUCGUCAUCAAGUACAUCGCCGAGUGGUUCAUCCUGCUUCUGGUGGUGACUCGACGAGCGAACCAACUACGAAUUCAACUCUAAGUUGUCCGUGAAAGAACACUGAACUGCAAGUGUUCCAAUGAUAUUAACGCGAGAAGAAACAUCAUAACUAUUGAGUAAAAUAUCUGUAUCUAACCUCGGCUU